AUGAAUCAAGCUCCAGCAUCUUGUGUUCCUGUUCCAAAAAUGUCUAAAGCUAGAAAAAUCGUUGAAGAAGCUAAAGAAAGUAAAAAUCCUGAAUUAGAUUUAACGGACAAAGCUUUAACUUCUUUUUUAGAAUUACCCGGACUAUUUAACAUGAUAAACAUUACAAGAUUGACAUUGAGUCAUAACAAAAUAAAAGAGGUUCCACCUGGUUUGGCUAACCUGACAAAUUUGGAGAUAUUAAACCUUUGCAACAAUAUUAUUGAAGAGUUACCAACAUCCCUUUCUUCUAUGCCAAAACUCAGAAUAUUAAACUUAGCAUUGAGUAAAUUACCUAGAGGAUUUGGGGCUUUUCCAGUAUUGGAAGUUUUAGAUUUGACUUACAAUAACUUAAAAGAAGAUAGUUUUCUGGGAAAUUUUUUUAUGAUGGAAACAUUGAGAGCAUUAUAUUUGGGUGAUAACGAUUUGGAAACGUUUCCACCUCAACUAGUGCUGAGAGAAAAUGAUUUGAUAGAAAUUCCAAAAGAAAUAGGAGAGUUAACUCGUCUUAGAGAAUUGCACAUUCAGGGAAAUCGUUUGACAUUAUUACCUCCAGAAAUUGGAAAUUUGGAUUUAUUAAGCAAUAAAUCAGUGUUUAGAUUGGAAAAUAAUCCGUGGGUUACGCCUAUAGCCGAUCAAUUGCAAGUGGGAAUCCCUCACGUUUUAGAAUACAUUAAAACGGAAACCUACAGAUAUUUAUAUAACCGUCAAAGUGCAGCCAAACCACCUCCCCCACCUGUUUAUCAAGACAAAAGUAAAAAAAUUUCAAGACAACGGUAG